GUUCAAAAGCAUCCCUGCCCGCGAGUCGGCAGCAAGGUCACCUUGAGUCGCGUUGAGUUUCAAAAAUCUUCUGGAGUGAGGCGGAUCGGUUCUUGAGUUCGGUGCGCGUCGAAAAAGUGUGUGAAAAAUUUGCAAAUACCGGUGAAAACGCGUUGAAUUAGUGCACCCUGUUAUCGAAGCUGAAGCUGCCACUAGCGUCCGAGGUCAACAUGUCGGAACACGCCGCCGGGUCAAUCAAGCUGGCCAUCCACCACAACGACAAGGGCGAGGGCACGCUGUACCGGCUCAAGAAGAACUCGCUGAUCCACGUGCACCCGGGGGCGUCGCUGCUGGGCCGCCGAGUGGCCAUCUACUGCAACUACCCGGCCGACGGCAAGGACUUUAACCGCCACGUCUACACCCAGCUGCAAUGGUGCUCGCCGACGGGCACUCUGCUCUCCCAGUCCGGCGGCAGCAAGUUCGUGUCGAUCCGCGAUGUCGACUGCUACUGCACGGUCCACCUGAACCACUCGGGCGCGUACCACUUUUACGUGCAGUACGAGGGCGUGGAGGGACCGCAGGCCGGGCUGUAUGUCCAGGUCGAGCCCAAUUUGACGGUGGGAAAGGGCGACUCGUUGACGGUGCUUCCGCUGGAGGCGAUCCGGUGUCAGACGGUGAUUGCCAAGUUGAUGGGACCGGUUGGGAGCUGGGAGGCGAAGUUGCGGGUGGCGAAGGAGAGCGGUUACAAUGUGAUUCACUUUACGCCGAUUCAGGAGUUGGGCGGGUCGCGGUCGGCUUAUUCGCUGAAGAACCAGCUGAAGGUGAAUCCGGACUUUGCGAACGAUAAGGAUCACGCGGUUGGGUUUGAGGAUGUUGAGGGGGUGGUCAAGAAGAUGCGGCAGGAGUGGGGGAUGGCGUCAAUUUGCGACAUUGUGUUGAAUCAUACGGCGAAUGAGUCGAUUUGGAUCCGGGAGUACGCGGAGUGCAGUUAUAACUGUUUUACGUGUCCGCAUUUGAGGCCGGCUUUCUUGCUGGAUGCCAUGCUGGCGAGGGUUGGGGAGGAUGUGGCGGCUGGGUUGUUGGAGCACGUUGGAAUUCCGUCGGUGGUGGAGACGGCCAAUCAUUUGGACGCGCUGCGUUGGCAGGUUCAUACGAACUAUUUGCCCCAGAUUAAGCUGCACGAGCUGUUCCAGUGUAAUAUUGAGAAGUACAUGGCGCGGUUCAGCGAGCAGGCGUCGAAGCAGAGUCCGACUGCGGCGCAGGAUGUUCCCGAGGGGGAUCUACAGCUCAAGCAUGACCCGGAGUAUCGGCGGUUGGGGGCGGAGAUUGAUUUUGACCGGGCGAUGCGAACGUACAACGUGUUCCGGAAGGAUUGCUUUGACGAGGACAGCCGCAAGAGGAAGUGCGUUGAGGCGUUCCGUGCCAAGUUGCAGUGGUUGAACGAGGAAGUCCGGAAGGAGAUUCAGGGUCAUCUGGAUUAUGCCAUUGAGAACUGCUUGGCGGGGACAAGGUACGAGCGGGUACAAGCUGACGGUCCUCAGGUGAAGGGAAUCUCGGUCAAGUAUCCGCUGUUCAUGAAGUACUUCACUCAGUACGGCGUUCAAGGAAAGUCGCUCAAAGACAUUGAGGAGAUGAUGUACGGCGGUCCGGGCAAACUCUUCAUGGCGCACAACGGUUGGGUCAUCAACAGUGACCCGUUGAAGGACUUUGCCCGUCCGCAGGAAGGCACCGGCAAUGUUUACAUCCGCCGCGAGUUGAUCGCCUGGGGUGACAGCAUCAAGCUACGGUACGGCGACAAACCAGAAGACAGUCCGUACCUGUGGAAGCACAUGAAGGAGUACGUAGACACCACGGCCCGUAUCUUCGACGGCGUUCGGCUGGACAACUGUCACUCGACGCCGCUGCACGUGGCCGAAUGGCUUCUCGAUUCCGCCCGCAAGGUCAACCCAGAACUCUACGUCGUAGCGGAACUAUUCACCAACUCCGACUACACAGACAACAUCUUCGUCAACCGCCUCGGAAUCACCUCCCUAAUUCGCGAAGCCCUCUCCGCGUGGGACUCGCACGAGCAAGGCCGUCUCGUCCACCGUUACGGCGGCGCCCCAGUCGGAGCGUUCUUCCCCUGCCCCAAGCGCAUCCUCGCCCCUUCAAUCGCGCACGCCCUCUUCAUGGACCUGACCCACGACAACCCAUCCCCAGUCGAGAAGCGCACCAUCUUCGAUCUAAUCCCGUCGGCAGCACUCGUUUCCAUGGCAUGCUGCGCAACCGGCAGCAAUCGCGGCUACGACGAAAUGGUCCCGCAUCACAUUCACGUGGUGGACGAGGAGCGCCAGUACCAGGAGUGGGGCAAGCACGUCGACAAAACGACCGGCAUCGUGGCGGUGAAGGAAGCGCUGAAUCUGCUGCACGGUGGGUUGGCCACGCGCGGGUUUGAUCAGCUGUUUGUGGACCAGAUGAAUCCGGACAUUGUGGCGGUGACGCGGCACUCGAGCCAGAAUCACGAGACGGUGAUUUUGGUGGCGCACACGGCGUUCGGGUAUCCGAGUCCGUGGGCGGGACCGACGGGAGUGCGGCCGCUGAGGUUCGAGGGAAAUCUUCUGGAGAUUGUGUUUGAAGUGCAGAUUUACAAGAAGGCCGGCCAAACGUUCGACCGUCCGUCCGAGUUCAAAAAGGACGAGCACUACAUCAACGGCGUGAACGAGUACUGCGUGGACCUGCGCAAGAACCUCAAGCUGGAGGAGUCGGACAUUUUCCGCAAGGAGGCCAUCAUCGACGGGAACACGACGCAGCUGGACUUUGUGAAUUUGAAGCCGGGCUCGGUGGUGGCCAUCCGGGUGGCGCUCAAGGACAGCGUGAAGCCUCACUUUGACAAUCUGCAGGAGCUGGUGCGGGAGUUUCAUUGUGACAAGGGAUCGCGGUAUGCUGAGUUGCAGCAUUUGCUGGGGAAGUUGGAUUUGGUUGAUUUCAACAAUUUGCUGUAUUGUUGUGCGGAGGAGGAGCGAGACAAUGGCGGGGGUCCGUACAAUCUGCCUGGGUAUGGAGAUUUGGUUUAUUGUGGGUUGCAGGGGAUUGUUUCGAUUUUGAGCGAUAUUGGACCGAGCAAUGAUUUGGGCCAUCCGUUGGCGAACAAUUUGCGGACGGGGGAUUGGCUGAUCGAUCACUGUUCGUUGCGGUUGAAGAACUAUCCGAAUUUGGCGCCGGUGGCGAGUUGGUUGGAGAAGAAUUUGGCUGCGCUGAAGCAGAUUCCGCGGUACAUGAUUCCGAGCUACUUUGACGUGAUUUUGACGGGGGUUCAUCGGUUGGCGAUUGCGGCGGCUUGCAACAGGAUGACGGAUUUCGUGCGGCAAGGGUCGACGUUUGGGAAGAGGUUGGCGUUGGGGUCGGUUCAGUGUGUGAGGGUUGCGCCGUCGGCGAAUUUGCCAAAGCUCAGUCCUAAUGUGAACGAUCCGAAGCCGCCGGAGCGCUGCUCGACGUUGGCCGCUGGAUUGCCGCACUUUGCGACCGGUUACAUGCGCUGCUGGGGUCGGGACACGUUCAUUGCGCUGCGUGGACUGAUGUUCCUGACGGGUCGGUUCGACGAGGCUCGGUAUAUGAUUCUCGGAUUUGGUGGAUGUCUUCGUCACGGGUUGAUUCCGAACUUGCUGGAUGGUGGGUUGAACGCACGGUUCAACUGUCGGGACGCGAUUUGGUGGUGGAUGUACUGCGUGAAGUUGUACGUCGAGGAAGCGCCCAAUGGUAAGGCGAUCCUGAAGGACAAGGUAUCUCGGUUGUACCCGACGGACGACAGCGAGCCGAAGGCUCCUGGUGAGUGUGACCAACUGUUGUACGAAACGAUCCAAGAAGCGCUGGCUGUACACUUCCAGGGGCUGUCGUACCGCGAGCGUAACGCCGGAACUCGCAUCGAUGCGCACAUGAAGGACAAGGGCUUCAACAACCGGAUUGGAAUCAACCCGGAGACGGGCUUCGUGUUUGGUGGCAACAACGCCAACUGCGGCACCUGGAUGGACAAGAUGGGCUCGUGCGACAAGUCCGGCAACCGGGGCGUCCCCUCGUCACCGCGCGAUGGCUCGGCCGUCGAGUUGGUCGGUCUGCAGAUGGCCAGUUUGCGGUUCAUGCAGCGAAUGGCCGAGGAAAAGGUCAUCCCUUGCACCGGCGUUGAACGCACCACCAACGGAACCAAAACCACCUGGACGUACAAACAGUGGGCGGACAAAAUCUCCGACAACUUCGAGAAGCACUUUUACGUGGACGAAUCCACCGACAGCAAGUUCGUCAACAAGAAGGGCAUGUACAAGGACACGCUCGGCUCGGAAAUCCCCUGGACCGACUUCCAACUCCGCUGCAACUUCCCGAUCGCCCUCUGUGUCGCCCCCGAACUGUGCGACCCCAAGCACGCCUGGAGAGCGCUCGAAACCGCCAAAAAGUACCUGCUCGGACCGCUCGGCAUGAAGACGCUCGACUUCGAGGACUGGGGCUACCGCGGAAACUACGACAACUCCAUCGACAGCGACGACAAGUCCGUCUCGCACGGCGCCAACUACCACAACGGGCCCGAGUGGGUGUGGCCAAUCGGGUUCUACCUCCGCGCCCGACUCUUCUUCGCCAAGGCCAACGGACUGCUCAAGGAAACGGUCGCCGAAACGUGGUCCAUCCUGCAGACGCACCUAAACGAGCUGCAGCGCUGUCACUGGCGCGGCCUCGCCGAACUCACCAACGAAAAUGGCGCCUACUGCAACGACUCGUGCCGGACGCAGGCCUGGAGCAUGGGCUGCGUGCUCGAAGUCCUCUACGAUCUGGAAAAGUACGAAAAGGAACUCUAAAUACUCAAAACUCGUGUUUAAAUUGUUUAUGUUGUUUUCAAAUUUUAAAUUGUUAAGUUUUGCGCCACGUUGCAUAGAGAGAGAGAUUAUAUUUUUAUUCCCACGCAGCUUUUGGACACAACGGACAAAAGCGCGCAAUUUGCUGCCAUAAAAAAGCACACACUCACACAAAGAGCUAAAAGCCGCGAGCAAAAAUUAGGUAGUACGCGCAAAAAAAAAUAUCAUAACUGUUCAAACGUGGAUGUGCGCGCGCCAACUACAAAGAUAGUGCAGUGUGCUUCGACACAGAACAACGGAACAAAAAUUUGCCAUAGCAUGUAUGAAUAAUUGAAAUAAAGUGAUAAAAUUCACUGAUAAAUGUGUA